AUGCGCAUCAUGCUCGUUAAGCUACGGCGUGUAAUCUGCGUCGUGGCCAUCAUUUGCGCCGCUUUCGUCCUGCGGCCGGCCGGGAUCGGUGGUGACUCACAGGCGCAGGGCGCAGUGCCGCCCGAAAAUGUGACGCACAACGCGACCGCCAGGGUCCGGAGUUCGGAGGCGGCGGUCGGUGAUGCAUGUCUCAGUGGCGUUGAUUCGCUCCCGGGCCCGGCGGCGAAGCAGUGCGUGGCCGGCGGUGGCCGAAAUGGUGGUGGUAAAUUAAAUAAUGGCACUUGCGUGAGUGCACUCUGUGGUUUGGGUCCGGCGCCGAUGGCGACGGUUGUGAAUGAUGUGAUUAACGCCACCCGGACCCACAGGCCGGACCCAGAGGCCGGCCCCUAUCAUCACGGUGGCACGGUCGAGGGGACCAGCGCCAGCACGGCGCAGAAACAGGAGCAGCAUCAGCACCUUGUUUACGGUGGACAGCGCGUGGUGCUCCGGGCGGAAGUGCUCAAACACACUUCCGUUCUGUACGGUCUGCUGUCGAUCACCGAGCGGGACGGCGUGUCCGAGCGGUGCUACCGGGAGCUUCAGCGCGUGUACCACGGCAUCCAGCAGAAGGAAAUUUGGGCCAUGAAAGUUCUGGACUCGUCCGGCAGUCAGGAGCCGGGCUUCAUGUGGGGCCACAACCACUGGAUCGGCUCGGAGAAAGGCUGCGAGUCGACGCGAUCGCCGCUGUCGAUCACGCUGUCCGAUCGCUAUCGGCGCAACAUGAAGCCGAACCUGGUGUCCGCGUUGGCUCCGUUCGAGCUCGACUACCGGAUCGUGUUCGCCAAGCACCAUUCGGCCUGGCAGGUGGAGAUGAAAUUCCAGAGCGAGAACAUUCUACAUAUCGGCGUGUGCAUUCCACGAUCGUGCACCAACGACGAGUUGCACAACCUGACGGCGCGCUACUUCGAGGAGAAUAUCGUCCUGGCGCAAGACAUCUACGAGUUCAAGCCGAACGUUCUGCACGUGAAAAACACCUCGCUCGAGCGAAGCUUCUGGACGAAGCCGAGCAUUUUCAUCAUCGGUGUCUCGAUCGCCGUUACGCUGGCGAUGGUCUAUCUGGCGCACAGCCGAGAGCAGCAGCCGAGGACGGGCGAGGAGAAAACGGACAACGGCACGCCGGCGACGGAUGAUCCGGCAAACACCGAGGAGGGCACGUUCAUCGAUCGGGUGAUCGAUAGCUUCAACCUGCGCAAGAACCUGACGACAAUCUUCCGCACGGACACCGGACCCCAAUCGCUGCCCGUCAUCUGUGGCAUCAAGUCAAUCUGUUGCUUCCUGAUCCUGUGCUUCCACAUGCAGUGGUACACGUUCUACACCGUGCACAACCCCUCGGUCAUGUUCCACUACGCGGAGCAGAUCCGCUACCAGCUCGUGAGCAACGCGCCCCUGCUAGUGGACGUGUUCUUCGCCAUCAGUGGCUUUCUGCUCAGCUACAACUUCAUCCGCAACCGGUCCAAAGUGCAGGAGGUCAAGGCGAAUUCGCUCUGGCAAAACGGCCGGCUGUACGGCAGGAUGCUGCUGCACCGCUACCUUCGCCUAUCGCCCAUGUACCUGAUCGUGACGGUGAUCGGUGAGCUGACGCACAGCUACAUCGUGGCCACGUCCAAGUUUUGGGUCCACGAGCGCUCCGAUCUCGGCUGCCAGCGGUACUGGUGGCGCAACGUGCUGUACAUUCAAAACCUCUACCCGGUCGAGGACAUCUGUCUCAGCUGGACGUGGUCGCUGGCGUGCGAGAUGCAGUACUACGUGCUCUUCACCGCGCUGCUCUUUGUGUACGCCAAGAGCUCACAGUUCGGCAAGAGGCUGUUUAAGGUGUUCGCGAUUGGCACGCUGGUGCUGAACGUGGCCCUGACGCUCAACCAUCGCUUCAUCCCGUCGUACGAUGUGCUGUUCAAUACGGGCGACGCCCUGUAUCUGGCUCCCUGGUCCCGGGUGUCCCCGUACGUGGUCGGUGUCUACUUUGGCUGGAUGAUGGCGGCCCGGCGCGGGAAGUUCACCCCAACGCAGAAGGAGUACCGCGUUUACUGGCUGUUGGCGUGCUUCUGCACGAUCUUCAGCAUGCACUCGACCAUCAAGCGCAACUUCCCGUUCCCGAUCGCCUCGACCGUGAUGGUGGCCGUCCGGUGGCUGAUCUCGUGGGCCGCCUGCUGGGUGAUCCUCGCCACCGGAUGUGGCUUCUCGAACGCCGUGACGCGGGUCCUGUCGUCAAAGUUUUUCGUCCACAUCAACAAGCUCACGUACGGGAUCUACCUGCUGAACCCGGUGAUCAUCAUCGGGACGUUCGGUAUCUCCGACUCGAGCGUCCACGCUGACCCGAUCCCGGCGAUCGUCAUGGCGCUCGGGGUGACGCUGCUGUCGUACGUGGGGGCGAUCUUCUUUUCGGCCUGCUUCGAAAUACCGUACUGUAGGAUUUCUAGCGAAAUUCUGAAGCUCAAUCGCAAACCAACGCCACCGAGCACGGUACCGCCGGUGGCACCACCGGAUCAGUGA